AUGGAUAAAGCCUUCAGUGAAGCCUAUCAGCUUAUCGAAAGUAUGGAUCAAAACCACUACCAGUGGGGAAGCGAAAGAACACCUGAAGAAAAACCUCAAACGAAAGGCGGCACGUUUCAUGGACAACCACAGCAGAAUCCCAAAGGACAAGCCAAUGCUAUCAUAUUGCAAAGUGGAAAACAAGUAGACGGACAAACUAAUCCAGAAACCGAUAUUCCAACCAUGCACCAAGAUUUUGAAAAAACCAUCGAGAAGGAGAGUGAGCCAAAUAGAGAAGAGAAGGAAGAUAGUGGCGAAGAAACCUUAGAAAAGAAAAGACCUUAUGUACCUCUGCCACCUUAUAAACCACUCAUCCCGUAUCCUCAAAGAUUUGAGAAAUCCAAAAGCGAAGGACAAUUUAAGAAAUUUGUAGAACUUCUGAAAAAAUUGAACAUCACAAUACCUUUUACAGAAGCUAUUACCCAAAUGCCUUCAUACGCUAAGUUUCUUAAAGAAAUUGUAACUAAUAAGAAAAAGAUGGAGAGGGAUCAAACUAAAUAUUCUGAAAUUCUAAAAACUUCCACUCCACCAACUCAUGAAAAUGGCGACAACAACCUAGCUAAAUGUCUAGAAAUUACACAAGACCCUACACCUCGCCCUGUCAAACCAACUAUGGAACUCAAAACCCUACCCGACAAUUUAAGGUAUGAAUUCCUAGAUAAAGACCUCGAACGACCAGUAAUAGUCAGCACAGACUUAGAGAAGUCAGAAACUGAAAAGCUACUAAACAUCCUAAGAAAAUACCCCAUUGCCUUAGGGUAUAACAUCACUGACUUAAAAGGGAUAAGUCCUUAUAUAUGUAUGCAUCGCAUUAUGCUAGAGGAAGACUGUAAAACUUCUAGAGAACCCCAAAGAAGGAUCAAUCUUGUUCUAAGUGAGGUAGUUAAGAAAGAAGUGCAAAAACUUCUAGAAACAAGAUUCAUAUACCCUAUAUCAGACAAUAAAUGGGUCAACCCAGUACAUGUCGUGCCCAAAAAGGGAGGAGUUACAGUUGUAACUAAUGCAAAAGGAGAAUCUAUAGCACAAAGAGUUGUAACUGGCCAUAGAUUGUGCAUAGAUUAUAGGAAACUAAACAAAGCCACUCGAAAAAACCAUUUUCCUUUACCCUUUAUUGAUCAAAUGCUCGAACGACUGGCUAAUCAUUCAUUUUUCCAAAUCCCAAUUCAUCCUGAUGACCAAGAGAAAACCACCUUCACCUGUCCCUAUGGAACUUUUGCUUAUCGGUGA